UGGUCGGCUCCAGUCCGCACGCACGCCCGUUGCCACGGCAACCGGCUUGACAAUAGCUCCACAAACAGACAGAUCAGAGGUUUCUUUUCAAUUGUGUUGCUUCAGGCGUUUCCAGGUAACAGCAACGCGGACUCUGUGGUCCAGUACAAACUUGACCAGCCAGUGAUCGCCCGCUACCUUCGCCUGAUCCCACUGGACUGGAACCCCACCGGGCGGAUCGGGCUCAGGCUGGAAAUAUACGGCUGCAGAUACACCUCUGAGGUGGCAGGUUUUGAUGGGAAAAGCAGCCUUGUCUACAGACUGAGUGCCAGAACGAGCUGGACAGCGAGGGAGAGCAUCUCCCUGAAGUUUAAAACCCUGAGGAAUUCAGGAACACUGCUUCACGCGAAGGGACAGAGGGACCACAGCCUCAACCUGGCGCUGGAGCGAGGAAAGCUGCUGCUCCACCACCAGCAAGAUGUGAGUUCGGGUUCUGGGGGCAAACUUCUGGUUUCUCUCGGGAGUCUGCUGGACGACCAGCACUGGCAUCAUGUGAAGCUGGAGCGGCUCGGCUCUCACCUCAACCUGACGGUGGAUAAAACCACGCAGCAGGUCCUCGUCCCCGCCGAGCUCAGCCGCUGGCACAUUCACACGCUCAGUGUGGCAGCGGUCCAGAGCCACGGACUCCAAACUCCAAUCCUGCCCAACAGGAACUUCCAUGGAUGCCUGGAAAACCUUUUAUACAGCGAGCUGAAUCUGAUCAAACUGGCCAAACAGGGCAGCCCGCAGGUCGUUGCACUGGGCAACAUGACCUUUUCUUGCAGCGAGCCGGUUUUUGUCGCCGUGACGUUCACCGACUCUCACAGCUUCCUCCAGCUGCCUGUGCUGACAUCAUGGCAGUCAGGGGUCGUUUCCAUAGCGCUACAGUUCAGGACGUGGAACAAGGCAGGGCUGCUGCUGACCUUUGACCUCCAGCAGCAGGAAGGCUCAGUCUUCCUGUAUGUGAGUGAAGCCAGGCUUCGCCUUCAGAUCAGUAAAGAGGGAAAUUCUCUGCUGGAGCUCAGCACCGGAGCGGGUCUGAAUGACGGCCAGUGGCAUUCUGUGGAGCUGAACUCGAUGGAAAACCGUCUGAGCGUCACGGUGGACAGAGACGAAGGAGCCACGGCUCACACCAGCAUCCCUCUUCCUCCCGCCGCAGACAGUCAACUCUUCUUUGGCGGCUGUCCUGCUCACGGAGGCGGGUUGAGCUGCAGAAACCCGAUUCAGGGGUUUCAGGGAUGCAUGCGACUCCUGAAGUUGGACGGCCAAACGGUCGACUUGAUAAAAGUGCAAGAAAGACGUCUGGGAAACUACAGCGACCUGAAGAUUGAUAUGUGUGGCAUCAUUGACAGGUGUUCGCCGAGUCACUGCGAACACGGAGGAAGAUGUACUCAGUCCUGGAGAAACUUCCACUGCAACUGCUCCAACAGCGGCUACCGAGGAGCCACCUGCCACAGCUCCAAAUACGAACCAUCGUGUGAGGUCUACAAACACCAAGGCGACACGUCGGGUCACUUUUACGUCGACGUGGACGGCAGCGGACCAAUCAAACCGCAGCUCGUUUACUGCAACAUGACGGAGGACCAGACGUGGAUUAUAAUCCAGCAUAAUAACACAGAGCUGACUCCAGUCCAGGCCUCCGCUGACACUAACCAACACUUCGCCAGCUUCCUGUAUCCGUCUGAGGAGAAGCAGCUUUCCGCCGUCAUCAGCCAAUCAGAGCACUGCGAGCAGGAGCUUUCCUAUCACUGCAGGAAGUCCCGCCUCUCCAACAGCCUGGAUGGGACUCCUUUCAGCUGGUGGGUCGGCGGCCCGGCUUCGGGUCAGAUCCACAACUUUUGGGGCGAAGCUUUGCCCGGCAGCCGGCAGUGCGCAUGUGGUCUACAGGACAACUGCCUCGACUCGAGCUUCUACUGCAACUGUGACGCUGACUAUGACCUAUGGACUGAGGACUCUGACCUUCUCACCCAGAAGGAGAGCCUCCCAGUCCGGUCGCUGGUGCUGGGAGACAUUCACCGUCCGGGUUCAGAGGCCGCCUACAGGGUGGGGCCUCUCCGUUGCCAUGGAGACAAGAACUUCUGGAAUGCUGCGUUUUUUGACAAGGAGACGUCGUACCUUCACUUCCCCACCUUUCAUGGAGAGCUGAACGCCGACAUCUCCUUCCUGUUUAAAACGACGUCUUCCUCUGGGCUUUUCCUUGAAAACCUCGGCAUCAAGGACUUCAUUCGAAUAGAGCUCAGCUCUUCCACAGAGGUCGUCUUCUCUUUUGAUGUGGGGAACGGACCUCUGGAGGUCAAAGUGCACUCCGACCUCCCGCUAAAUGACGACCGGUGGCACAGCGUGAGAGCGGAGCGAAACGUGAAGGAGGCGUCGCUGCGCGUCGACGGCCUGCCUGCUGCCCUACAAGAAGCUCCGACUGAUGGAUUUAUUCAUCUGCAGCUCAACAGCCAGCUAUUUAUAGGAGGCACCGCGUCACGGCAGAAAGGCUUUCUGGGCUGCAUCCGCUCUCUGCAGCUGAACGGCGUCACACUGGACCUGGAGGAGAGGGCAAGCAUCACACCUGGCGUCCGACCCGGCUGCCCCGGGCACUGCAGCAGCUACGCAGCGCUCUGCCAGAACCAGGGUCGCUGUGUGGAAAGGGCCAGCGGGUUCUCCUGUGACUGCAGCCGCUCUGCCUACACCGGAGUCUUCUGUCACGAAGAAGUUUCAGGCAGCUUUGAGCCGACAACAUCCAUCACAUAUAUCGUAAAGGAGCCAUAUGAGGAGAGCAAGAACAGCAGCUCUCUGCACUCAUCCAUCUACUCCGAUAUCACACUGAGAGGAGACGACGUCUCCCUGAGCUUCAGGACCAGUCAAAGCCCCGCGCCGCUGCUCUAUGUCAGCUCUUUUUACAGGCAAUACUUGAUCCUGCUCAUCAAUAAACAUGAUGAGUUAGAAGUGAGGUACAAGUUGCACAGCAACAGAGACGAGGAAGUGUUGAGCAGCCGAGUCAUGAACUUAGCUGACGGCCGUCUGCACAGUGUGACCGUCAGGCGACAGGCGGACACUGUGGCAGUGCAGAUUGACCAGAAUAACAGAGAGGAAUUCAACGUGACGUCUGACGUGGAGUUUAACGUUAAAUCCAUCAUUCUGGGGAGAGUUCCAGAGUCUGAAGGCCUGAGCGCGGAUCUCGCCGGCUUGGCGUCCGCCGGCUUCUCCGGUUGUCUGUCAGCCGUUCGCUUCGGCGCCAUCUGUCCUCUGAAAGCUGCUCUGCUGCGACCCGAUGGCCGCGUUUCUGUCGCCGGCGCCGUCGUGGCGUCGAGCUGCGCCGCGCCGGCUCAGGCCGAUUCCUACGCAGCAGAAACGACACAUUCGCUGUCAGACCAGCCUCACUCUGUGGAUCCUGGCCAGCCUUUAGUCAACACCAUUCGCAAUGAUUCAGCUCUAGUUGGAGGUGUGAUUGCAGUGGUCAUAUUUAUCGUGGUGUGCGCGGCGGCCAUCUUGGCUCGGUUCAUCUGCCUCAGGAAGGAGACGUAUCGGAACCAGGAAGUGAAAGCAGCACAGCCCGGUGAAGGCCGCGCGUUCCCGUUCAGCGGCCAGCCAGACUCUCUGAGCGUUCAAAGUGAAAACCAGAAGGAGUUUUUCAUUUAGCACAAAAUAACCUCAAAGGACUGAGCUGGAUAAAUUACCAAACAGUGCUUUACCCCUUCUUCCCCUUUUGUUUUAUUUAUUUUUGUAAAUACGGACUGGCAGAGAUAUUGGACUCACUUUAAAGAGUUGAAUAUUUGAACUUGUACAGUUCGUAGUGAUUUGUGUGCUUAUUUAGAUCCAUUUCGAAAGUUUUCUGUCCAACAGAGAAUGAUAAACAUUGCACUGCAAAAACACAAAAUCUUACCAAAUAUUUUUGGUCUAGUUUCUAUUUCCGUCUUACACUUGAAAUAAG